AUGCCCGCUUGUCAGAGCAAGACGUACAACUGGGACAAUCUGGACAGCGUGUCGCCCAAUACCAAGUACCUAGGUGAUGCCAGCAAGGCGGAUUGGGUGUCGAGCGGAGAGGCCAAGGUCAGUGACGGUAAUCUGCUGCUCACCAUGGCUCCGAGCACCGUCGGCACCCUCCUAGGCCAUAGCCACUACAUGUGGUACGGCAAAACCACCGCCAAACUAAGGACCAGCCGAGGACAAGGUGUUGUGACUGCUUUCAUUUUGAUGUCUGAUGCAAAGGAUGAAAUCGAUUUCGAGUUUGUCGGUGCCGAUCUGUCUACCGCCCAAACCAACUUCUACUACCAGGGAAUCACCGACUACACACAUGGAAAGAACCAAUCGCUCUCCAAUACCUUCACCAACUAUCACACCUAUGAGAUCGACUGGAAGCCUGAUAUGAUUACUUGGAGCAUUGAUGGCCAAGUGAUCCGUACCCUCGAGCGUGCCAACACCAUGAACUCCACCACCAAUCAAUACGACUACCCGCAAACUCCCGCCCGUGUCCAACUCUCCCUCUGGCCCGCUGGUCUGUCCACCAACGGAAAGGGUACUGUUGAUUGGGCCGGAGGUCUUGUCGACUGGAAGUCCGAAGACAUCCAGAAGAACGGCUACUACUACGCCGCCUUUGACUCGGUCACCAUCGAGUGUUACGACCCUCCAAAGAGCGCCAAGGUUGAAGGCAGCAAAUCGUACAUCUACACCGACCGAAGCGGUCUUGAAGGCUCCGUCAAGAUCACUAACAAGGACACUGUUCUAAAGUCCUUCCUCGGUAACGGCCAAGAUAUGAACAAGGAUUACCCCAGCGCCACCAAAGGACCAAACGCCCCUUCUCAAACCAGCGACGUUGCCGUGAUCCCUGGCCUCAGCGGUGCCGGCCCUGGUCUCGACGUCUUUGUUGCCAUCAUGGCACUUGUAACUUUGUAA